AUGUCUACCAACCUCAUCGAGUCCGCUAAGAGGGCUGCGUGCCGGCAGGCCGUGGCCAACCAUUUCAGCUCGGACUUUACCUACGUCGGGAUCGGGAGUGGUAGCACGGUGGCGUAUGUGGUGGAAGCCAUCGCGGAGCUAGGGCCGUCCGUUACCGGCAAGAUGAAGUUCGUGCCGACGGGAUCGGGCUCGACGGCGCUGAUCCACCACUCGGGGCUCUCGGUACUGCAGGUGCCGGACCUACUGUUAGAAAUAGGCUUCAACCCCGGAUCCGCAGACCACCAACCCAUCGACAUCUACUUCGACGGUGCGGAUGAGGUCGACGCCGAGCUUAACUGCAUCAAGGGCGGCGGUGCCUGUCACUUCCAGGAGAAGCUUGUUUCUCGCCUAUCCAAAUCUUUCAUCUGCGUCGCCGACAGCCGCAAGAAGGUCGACCGUCUCCUGACUAACUGGACAUACAUCCCUGUUGAAGUAUCCCCCAUGGGCGGCGAGUACGUGCGUCGCGAGCUAUUGCGUCUAGGCAGCACCGAUCCUAAGAUUCGGACUUCGGGCCCCACCUUCAUCCGCACAAUCACGGAUAACCACAACCACAUCAUCGACGCACCAUUCCCGACGCUGCUACUGAAUAGCGAGACCGAUAAGUUGGACCCUGCCAAGGGACUCUGGACGCCGGAUGCUUUGCUGGCGCGGAUCAAGAAGAUCUUCGGUGUUCUCGAGGUGGGCAUUUUCUCCGGGCUGAACGGCCCGCAGGUAGCACAGUUGGGCACGGAUAUAGAAGGAGUGAAGCCUGUAAAGGCAUACUUCGGCAUGCCGGAUGGCAAUGUAGAGACGUUAGGUUAA